CAAGUGGAUCCCACUUUUACUCCGAUUCGCCACUGCGACAAUAAAAGAAAGAUAAUAAAUACGGAGUAUUAAAUAAAAUAUAAAAAUAUAUUUAACAAUAUGUCAGGUUUAAUCGACAAAAGAAAAAGAAGUCGUGAAGAUGACAUCUGUGAUUCGACACCACUCUCUAAACGUAUCAAUCAGCUGCAUUUGACAAAUUUGGAUGAGCCCCAGCAGGCAAUUCAGCAAUUGCAUUUUAAUGACCCCACCAAACAAGUUGAUUUGUCUCAACUAUACAACAACAAUUACAUCAAUAACAGUGCUUUAAAUAUGCAUUUGCAUAACAAGCAACCUCAGACAGCAGACGAACAACAACAGCAACAAAUACAUUUGCAACAUCCGUAUGCACCAGAGCUUAACGAAGCUGAGAACCCAUUCUACUAUAUUAAGAAUAAGUUAUUGUAUGAAUUGCACUAUGAACGUUUAAAAAGAUGUGUUGUUUAGAGUGUUUGUGAAAUAAUAAAUUAGGUUAGUCAUGAAAAAAGGAAUGUGCAAAAGAAAAAAAGCAAAUUGUACCAGUAAACAAAAGCAAGUUUAUAAUAGCUAAAGCAACAGGCUUCUAUACUUUAAUUUACCAUAACAACUUAUAAAAUUUAAGAUGAUAUAUGAUAGAAUAACGUAUAAGUUAAGUAAUUGUUUGCGUUAGAAACGACUAUUUUGUUCAUGUUCCAAUCGUACAUACAAAUGUAAAUUUAUACUCAAUACAGAAAAUGAAUGCGUAAGUCAUCGAACUGUUAAAGCAAAAUGUUGGUUAGUAAUUGACAACAGCUUAUGUUCUUAUUAAAGCGGAUUGUGCACGUCAACUCUGUAAAAAUAAUUUCAAUCAUGUUAAAAGCCAAAUAUUUGUUCAUGAACGUCUUAAAACAAUAAA